AUGCAGUGCGUUUUACUCGAACCCUUUCUAGUAGGGCGUAUCGCCGUAAAACGGGGCCUCGCUAAAACAAAGCGAGCCAAACACAUGAAAGGAGCACACGCGAGCGCACUUUGCGACGCAUCUGAUAUCCCUAUACGUUUAGUCGACCGCCCUGGUAAGUACCCCGUGAACAGCUCUCAACUGGAUGACGUUAGGAAAUGGGGUCAAGACGUUGCGGCACGAAAUAUUGCGUAUUUCGAAGCUUCUAAUGGAAGUCCGAUGCUAAAAGAGCUAUAUCAAGAACUCGAAUGGCUUAUAACGGAUAGUACCGCCGAAAGAGUCGAAUGUUCUCCCAGACUGAAAGUAGCAACCUCUGGCGACGAUGGUUUCAGCGCAUCAAGUACCACCCGAUCCGCGAUUUUGCGUCAGUCGAUACCCGAGCUUCAGCAGCUCUGGAUGCGAAGAAUAAUAGAUAGGGUGCCUUUGCAGUAUCUCACAAACACGGCGCAUUGGCGAGAUAUGGAAUUCACUGUGAAUACUUCUGUCCUCAUACCACGACCUGAGACUGAAUUACUGAUAGAUUUUGCGUGCGAAUGGCUUCGUGAACUGGAGUCAAAUACUGAAAAUCAUACCAUGAAUUAUAAUCUAUUGUCAGGGCCAUGGCUUGAUCUUGGAACCGGAUCUGGAAUUUUGGCCAUCGCACUUGCGAAAGAACUACAGCGUAAGUGCGCAGAUGCCUCCAGUGUGUACGCAGUAGACGUUUCUGUAGCCGCACUCGAACUCGCAAGGGACAAUGCGCGUCGUAACGGAGUCCAAGAUUCCAUCAAAACCUUGCACGGAUCAUGGUUUAACCCGAUCAAAAAAGAUGUACGCUUUACCGGAAUCUUGACCAACCCUCCGUACAUCCCGACAGAUUUGCUUGAGUCUCUUCAGCCGGAGGUUUGUUCGCAUGAGCCAUGGCUCGCACUCGAUGGGGGGGGCGGGGACGGUUCAGCACACUUAGUCACUAUCUGUAGGGACGUCAAGAACUUUUUACUCCCCGGUGGUCUGUUUGCAGUUGAAACCCACGGUCUAGAACAGGCUCGUUUGGUUCAACAUUUAUUGAACAGCACCGAGGCUUUUCGAGACGUCCACCUAAAAGCAGACUACUCUGGUAUAGUUCGUUAUGUAACGGCUAGAAAAGUGAACGAUCCUGGAGUCAUGGAUGGCGCAUGCUGA